CCAGCUUAUGUAAAAACGAACCCGGGUCUGUGUGCCUCAAUUGAUCUAUAAUUCUGUGGUAAAAAGCGGCGCACGGACCAGUGAAACUCAGAAUUCUACCCCCAAAAUGUUGGCCGUUCGUCCACUGUUGACGAAGGCACUGUUGCUGCCAUCAACCAACGGUGCCGCACAAGUUUUACUACGAUCAAAGGCCACGUUGCCAGUGGUUGAGAAGGAUAAACCGGAAAAGCUUCCAUACUCCCCGUUCGGCACGAAGCAGUCGAGCUUGGCCGACUGGACCGUGGCACGGCUGGACGAUGUGCUGAACUGGGGCCGUAAAGGUUCGAUUUGGCCGCUAACGUUCGGGUUAGCGUGCUGUGCCGUAGAGAUGAUGCACAUCGCCGCCCCACGCUACGACAUGGAUCGGUUCGGCGUCGUAUUCCGUGCUUCACCUCGCCAGGCGGACGUGAUCAUCGUGGCGGGUACGCUGACGAACAAGAUGGCACCGGCCCUGCGCAAGGUUUACGACCAAAUGCCAGAACCGCGCUGGGUCAUCUCGAUGGGUAGCUGCGCGAACGGUGGCGGCUACUACCAUUACUCGUACUCGGUGGUGCGUGGUUGCGAUCGGAUCAUUCCGGUCGACAUUUACGUCCCCGGAUGCCCACCAACAGCGGAGGCCCUGCUGUACGGCGUCCUGCAGUUGCAAAAGAAGGUCAAGCGUAUGAAGACGCUACAGAUGUGGUAUCGCAAAUAAGUAACUUCCGUUCAUUUCUCUGUUAUUUUGGCACGUCAAACGAAAUAAAAUUGUAGAUCGUA